CAGGGGGCGAGGGGCGGGGCCCGUCGCCGGGGCGCGCUGGGCGGGGCGCGGGGAAAUCCCGCGCGGGGCCGUCCGUGCGCCCAGAGCUACCCUGAGGUCCAGGCGAGCGAGUCGGCGGGGUGGAGUAGGCCUGCGCCCGGGGAGGGCCCUACUGCCCCGGCGGACCUUUCCGAGGCCUGAAAUAGUGCUUUAGCCCCCAAAGGGAAAAACGACUACAGCCGAAGUUAAUGAAUCUGCCGAAAUAUUGAUUAUUUUUAUGGUAUUCCAGAUUUUCUCUUCUGUUGACAUUUAUCUUAGUGCAUUUUAUGUUUCUGUAACAAAAUACAUGAAGCUGGAAAAUUUGUAAAGAGAAAACUUUAUUUAGUUCACAGUUCUGGAGGACCAAGAGCAUGCACUGGCAUCUGCCUGGCUCUGACCCCAGCAGCAGUCCAGUCCUUUUUUUCUGAUACUGGGAAUGAUUAAACCCAGGGCUUUGUACGUGCUAGGCAAGCACCCUACCACUGAGCUGCACUCCCAGCCCCAGUUAGUAAUCUGGAGUGAACCUAGGGCCUCAACAGGAUGCUAGGUUUAAUACUUGAAGAUGAGAAAAUUUGAUCUCUGUUUGAGCUCUGAAGGGGCUGAAGUAGUUUUAGCUACAUCAAGCGAUGAAAAACACCCACCUGAAAAUAUCAUUGAUGGGAAUCCAGAAACAUUUUGGACCACCACAGGAAUGUUUCCCCAGGAGUUCAUUAUUUGUUUUCACAAACAUGUAAAAGUUGAAAAGCUUAUAAUCCAGAGUUACUUAGUGCGGACCUUGAAGAUUGAAAAAACCACAUCUAAAGAGCCUGUCAGUUUUGAGCAGUGGAUUGAAAAAGAUUUUGUACAUACAGAGGGGCAGCUUCAAAAUGAAGAAAUUGUGGCUCAUGAUGGCUACUGUACUUACUUGAGAUUCAUAAUUACAUCAGCCUUCGAUCAUUUUACAUCUGUGCAUAGUGUUUCUGCAGAGGGAAUAGUAGUCUCAAAUCAUUCUUAGUAAUUAUAACAAAAUCCUCUUGCAUAAUUUUUAACAAUAUAUUUAUUUAAACAUGAAGUUGUCAUUGAUAUACUUUAUUAAAAGGAUUUGUAUCAAUCUGUUUCAGUUUUUAUUUAUGUUUUUUUCAGUAUUUUGGGCAAAGACAUUCUGGUUUCAUUAGUCAGCAGUGCUGGCCACCAUGGAAGAUAUGAGGAAGUCUUGUUUUCAAUACAUAACUUAAUCAAGGAAAUGAGUAUACAUGGAAAUUUAACUGAUAAUAUAUUGUGCCCCCACAGUAUCUAAUAUAAUACCUGUCAGAUCUCAGUGCAUUAAUUUUUUAAAAUUUAUUGAUUGAUGCAAAGAGCUGAGCAAUGUAGAUAAUAAACAAUGUAAGAGUUUAGAGAAAAGAAAGUACUUAUGGGAAAGUUUGCUUGAGAUCAUGGGACCUGAACUAGGCCUUCUAAAAUAAGUUGUAUAUUUGGUUUUUGGUUUUUGAAAUUUUGUUCUGAUUUGAAAACCUUAUAGAAGAGUUAGGAAACAUAAUCAUAUUUCCGAAAGACAACCAUUAUUCACAUUAUUUUAUAUUUUUUGAUAUUUUGAGGAAACAAGGAAGAAAGUAGGACAGACUGAUUAAAGUA